CGGCCCCGCCCCCGUCCCUGGCUCCCAGGUUCUGGGUCCCAGGUGCCCAGAGAGGUGAGUCCGCGGCCGGUGGGCGCGGGUUGCGGGGCCGUCGGCGGAGCUGCCGCGUCAGGCGCCAGCCCCGGCCCGCACGCAGCCACGAAGCUGAGCCGCGCGCCGGAGAGCCCGCAGCUCCGCCUCGCCAGGGGCAGCCGGGGCGCCCUCAGAGGCCGGAGCGAGUGGGCCUGCAGGGCGUCGGGAGCAAGCCGCCGCCGUGCUCAGCCUGCCUUGCUGCGCGUGGGGGUUCCGAUCCCUCCCCUCCGGCACGCGCAGCCCCGCGGCUCCGGGCGACGUGCUCGAGGUCGGUGCAGCCCGGGUGCCGCGGAGCUGGCGCAGGCCACCUGUGUGACAACUUGAACUUUUCCUAGGAUUUCCCGACCGCCAGAUGGAUCACCUUGAGCAGUUCCUCUGAGACCUCGCGCGUUUAUCGAUGAAAUAAAAAGUAAGAUUUUCCCCAGUUCCUUUUAGAACGUUAUGACUUUUCUCCAUUUGGAGACAGCUCAAGAAACUGCCAGAGGGACAGACAGCUCCUCUCCGUCGGGCCCUGCGUUGUCUUCGGGAGCUUGGGGCCUGUGUGUGCCCCGCCCUCGCUGACAUCUUUCCAGCGCUUAGAGACACUUGUCCAGAGUCAUGAUCUUGAAGGCUUGAGCCGCUUGCCGGGAGAGAGAGGCUGUCUCCUGAGCCCCAAGAUGGCGGCUAAGAUGGAGAUAACUUUGAGCUCGCAGUCCCACAUUCAGGCCUCCUCCAAGCCAGAGAGACACAUAAUAACAAAGCUGGAAGAGAAACGGGGACCCGCUCUGCAAAAGGACCGCCCCGAUCCCGAGCUCUCCCGCCAGAGCUUCCGACGGUUUUGUUAUCAAGAGGUGACUGGACCCCAAGAGGCACUCGUCCGGCUGCAGCAGCUCUGCCGUCAGUGGCUGCAGCCCGAGCUGCACACCAAAGAGCAGAUAUUGGAGCUGCUGGUGCUGGAGCAGUUCCUGAACAUCCUGCCCUCGGAGAUUCAGGCUCGCGUCAGGCAUCGAUGUCCAAUGAGCUGCAGGGAGAUUGUGACCCUGGUGGAAGAUUUUCAAAGAGCAGCCAAGAGACCAAAGCAGUGGGUGGCCGUGUGUAUGCAGGGGCAGAAAGUGCUCUUGGAGAAAACUGGAUCUCAGCUUGGAGAACAGGAACUACCAGACUUUCAACUGCAAACUCCUAGGAGGUUUCCCCGGGAGAGUGCUCUGGAGGAGCCUUCCCAGGCGGGAUCUCCGGACCAGCUGAGCUCUCAUCAUUGGGAAAAAUCCACACUCCUCCAGGAACCAAGCCCCAGAUUGGCUGGUACAGAGGCCCCCAGAAUGAAAAGUGACAACAAGGAAAAUCCGCAGCCAGAGGGGGCUAAAGGAGGGAAGCCAUGUGCCCUGUCCCCUGGCAGACCCAAAGGUAACGGUCUGCAGAGUCCCGAACCGAGAGGGGCGAAUAGGAAUGAACCCCGGUUGUCACGGAGGCAGGUCAGCCCCCCGAAUGCUCAGAAGCCAUUCGCUCACUACCAGAGACAUUGCAGGGAACUGGAGUACAUCAGCAGCCCCCUGAAAAGCCACCCGCUGAGAGAGCUGAAGAAAAGCAAAGGGGGCAGAAGGAGCCUGAGCAGUCGCCUGCAGCGCCUUGGUCACCAGGCGGCCCGCUCGGCAAAGAAGCCUUACAAAUGCGAUGACUGUGGGAAAAGCUUCACGUGGAAUUCGGAGCUGAAAAGACACAAGCGGGUGCACACAGGGGAGAGGCCCUACACGUGCGGAGAGUGUGGGAACUGCUUUGGGCGCCAGUCAACGCUGAAACUGCACCAGAGGAUCCACACCGGGGAGAAGCCCUACCAGUGCGGCCAGUGUGGGAAAAGCUUUCGCCAGAGCUCAAACCUCCACCAGCACCACAGACUCCACCACGGGGACUGAAAGCGGGGCUUCGGUCUCUCCGUUCAGAAGGAAGGCAUCCGAAUUUCGCCUUCCCUUACUUGCAUGUAAAUCCCAGGGUGUCUGUGUGACUUACAAGGAAAGCAAGAAGUCCCUGAGGGAUGCGGUGCACGUUUGGCCCGUGAGGAGUUCCAGAAGAUGCCGAGGGGGACGGGACCGUGUCGGUGACAGGGUGAAGAAGUGGCAGGUCUGGGCGUUGGGUCAGAGAGAACCGGGGUCUCUGCUGGAGAGCAGGGAGUGACCGCUGAGAGAACCCGGCCCAUCCCGCAGGUGCCCCUCCCCCCCCCUUGGUGUGCAGUCUUCCCCCUGCCGCUUUAUUUAUUCUCUAAAUACGUCCAAGGGGAAAUUCCAUAUGUAUAUACCUGAUGUGCUUGCUGUCAUGCCCGACAGUCUUUACCGCACACGCACUUCGGUAUAACGAUCAGUGAUUUCAAGGCAAAAGCUCAUUGGAAUAUAAAUCCCCUAAUACUCUUUCUGUCAUUGCUGGCUGUUCAUAAUAAAGGACACAUGAAGCGAGAGGGUCAACGUGUUUGUGUGAGGACAGGAUUCCCAAGUAAGUAGUUCUCCACACGCGUGCGCACACACAGUGAGGGGAGCCCUCACUGCUCUCCUUCCUCAGGCCGGUGAUGAAAUGUUAGAAAACUGGAUUCUUUCAGACAUUUACUAAGAACCACUGAAAUGGGUUAAUUUUAGGAUGUGUAAAUUCUCUCUCAGUGAAGUUUCUAAAAAAGAAAACACAAAAGAUAUCUGCACGAAGUGUUCAGGUCCUGGAACGAGGCCAGAGUUGAUCUCGGUCCGUCCCCAUAUUCUUUCGGAGUAAGAAUCCGAACCCGGUCGGUGUGGUCCUUAGUCGCCCGCAGCAAACGAGUGGAUCUCGGACUUCCGAGAAGACCGCUGGUGGAUGGGUGCCUCCGGCGGGAAGCGGCCGGGUGGCGUUCCUCCUAAAGCGAGGAUACCCGAAUAUCCGCAGGUCCCUGCCGGCCUCCUCCAGGCCCUCUACCGUGCUGCACCCUCCACCCCCAGGGGGCUCUGCGCCCACUGUUCCCUUUGACCUUACGACCUGCCGCCCCCACCGCUUCCUCCCUCUCCCGCCUCACAGGAGUGGCCUGCCCAGCAAAGCCUUCUCUGGGCACUUUUGUUGUGUCACUCCCUGCCUCACACCACACGCCGGUGCUGGGAGCACCCUGGGAGCAGAUUUGCCCCCCAGAGGACGUUUGGCAGUGUCUGGAAAUGCUUUUGGUGCUUAUGACUGGGGGGCAGGGAGCGGAGCUCCUGACCUCUAGUGGGUGGAGACCAGGAUGCA